ACAAUACGUCGAUGUACGCUGCAGAUAUUAAAGAGAAUAUCAAACAAUAUCAACAUUUUUUAUAUAAACAACAUCUAGAAAACGCACACACGUGUAUAUAUUUAUAUGUGUGCGCGCGUGUGUGUUUGUACACACUUUGAUGAACAUACAUUGUUUCAUAUGAAUGCUUUUGAACAAUGUGCAUUUUACGUUGAAACUCUUCACUUGUGCAUUAUUCACAAUAAAACGUUUUAAAAGACAACAAUAAAACGUCGGCGUGCACAACCAAUCGAAUGCGCUGAAUAAGAAAUUGUGGUCUGCGUGUUGAUAUUCUGUCAUGAAUGUAUUUGUCUGUUUGUUUUUUAAAGGCUGAGCUAUAGAUAAGAGAACAGACCAAUCAAAACAAUCCUCCGUGUCUCAAGCUGGGUCACAGGCGCUGACCCCGUUGAGAAAUGCAUUGGCCAGCAAACGCAGAAAAGAUCAUUCAAGUCCAAGGGGUAAUACAAAUACGAAUUGCAUAAAUGGUUGCAAAAAAAUGACCCAACCGUAGUGCAUUAAAAUACCUAAGCUUUGGGCUAGGUUUUUUUUUAUUUUAGUACAUUGUGUAUUGUCAUUCAUCUAGCUAAUUCGACGCGAGUUGGAAAAAAAACACACAAAACGAAACCGAAUGAAACACAAAGCGUGCCAUUUUACAAUUUUAUCAGUCUUUACCAAAAUGGAAAACCACGUUUGUGUAAAGCGCAUGCAAGGAAACACCGUAGGAAGCAGAAAAAUAAAUUCCAUUCGUUUGACGAAAACUUCCUGAUGGAAAUUGUUUCACGUAGAACCGGGUUUAUAUAUAUAUAUUAUAUAAUCAAAAUGCGUGAUAAAAUACGACGUGCUAACUUAACACUUGCAAAAAGAAACGGUGACAACGAGGAAAAUAAAGUGUAGGCUAAGAAAUAAGCAACUGCAUAUAAUUCUCUAGUUUUUAUUUUGCAUUUCGCGCGUUCGUAAACAGCUAAUUAUCAAACCCUGCCAACACAACUUGUAUUUUCUUCUUGGUCAUUUCAAAUUAACAAAUAAUCUAUUGUUUCAGUUUGAGUUUUCAGUAAGAUAAUAAACAAACCUUCCUCUUGUUACGCGUUUUUCCUAUAUAUUUAAAAAAAAAAAAAAAAAACAGUCAGUUUAGAACAAGGACAUAAUGAACAUUUACGUGAUAAUCUGAUCUCGCAAAGAAAAAAGAAAGCAAAGCGGCGAUGCAUAAAAUAUUAAAUGCAAAUAUUACUCCAUCUUAUGCAAUUUGCAAAAGUGCGAUGACAUCUUAAAACGGAUUAAAUACCGUGUCGUGACAAUAAAAAUGAAAAUAAAACAGAACGUGUCAGCAUGGCACUUUAACAACAGAGCCUGCAUGUGGACUGCUUUUAUAAAACUGUACGGUUAUUGCACUUUCCUCGUUUUGAUUCACCUCGUAAUGCGUUUCUUUAAUUUCCACGAAGCGUUUCAUUUACUUGCCUCUCUUUCUUUUGCAGACGCUUAAGCCAAUUGCACGCCGCAUCCGAAGACAGCGAUUGUUCUUUGUUCUGUUGUUGGUUUCCUUGUCGGCAAAAGUCGGCUAGAUGGCGCCAUUGCUCCACGCCGUGCCACAUAAAUUCAACAACUUGACCCCAGUGACGUCAAGACGGUCUGGCGCAUCAAGGCCACUUUCAAAACCCCAUUGGUCUGAAAAUCACAUGACAGAGCGCCUUGAAUCCAUAAUUAUGUUGCUGAUAUUUUUCGCCCCCCCAAAAGAUGUCAGCGUCCUGCUGUCCUUAUCCGCUUCGGCAUAAAGCAGAUUGUUUUGAAUCAAAACGAAAAGCGAGUCGAGUAGCAAAAUGUCAUGCCCGAACAACGUGGCAGCCAACGCGUUCCUGAUGGACUCGCUGGUGGGAGGAACGUCUCCUUACAGAGGUGAGAGCUAUUCCGCUAACUCUGGAAUGUAUAUGCAAACGUCUGCAGAAUAUGGUUGCUCCAUGAUGGGCAGUUUUGGCAUCGUCUCCAAACGGGACGAUCCGCAGCCGACCGGGAUGCAUCUCGGCGGUUAUCAGCACUCGCAUUACCUGUCGCAGCGGGACGCUUGGAUCGCAGGCUCUAAAACUUACAGAGGCUCGCAACCUGUUGCCCAGCCUUUGCACCCGUGCCCGUUUCCAGCCAGCAAUGUGAAAGAGGAAGCGAUUCCUUGCAUUUACCAGCCCGAUAUCGACAGCGCUAAGGAGUCCGCCGAGAAAUCCACCUACAUCCGUCUGGGAGACGAUAACAGCCACCCGAAUCAACGCGCCGUCUCCACCCCCGAUUAUUUCCGACGGGGCCAGGUGUACGCCGGCGAAAGGGGCCACCAUGCGGAUGGGUUCUGCUCGGACUUUAACCCAAUCGCGAGAAUAUCCACGCCCGCAGAAGCACCGGCAGCAGAUCCCUACGUCAAAAGCGGCAAAGCGAGGCAGGACCUAGAAGGCAAGGGAGGGAAUGCGCAGGGAGACGACAUGGAUCAGAGGCAGACUAAAAAAGAGGAGAGUGUCUCAAAAACAGACAGUUGCACUGACGAUUCCGAGAGCGAAUUGAAAGACGAGGCUAAAUUGGAAAAAACCACGGGGAGCUGGCUAAAAGCGAAAAGCGGACGCAAGAAGAGAUGUCCUUACACGAAGCAUCAGACACUUGAGCUAGAGAAGGAGUUCUUGUUCAACAUGUACUUGACUCGAGAGCGCCGUCUGGAGAUCAGCAAGAGCAUCAACCUCACAGACAGACAGGUCAAGAUCUGGUUCCAAAACAGAAGGAUGAAGCUAAAGAAGCUCAACAGAGAAAGUCGCGUCCGAGAGCUAACCGGCUAUAGUUUCAACUAAACGCGCUUAACGCAGAAGAAAUAAGAAAUGACAUGCUCUCGCGCGCUCCCCACGUCCAGCCCCUCUCUAUUAUUCAAUCUCUCUUUUUUUUUUAUGGUUUUCUCAUUUUGCAUUCACAGACUCACGCACACAUACCGAUACAGAAUAGCUAAGCGCUGGCCCGUGACGUUUAAGGCAAAGGGACGCAUCCGAACCUAAUUUAUCAUUGUUGAACAGACCAGAAUAAUUACUGUAUAUACGCCAGUGGGGUAAGAAAAGGACGCUUGGUGCAAAUAAUCGUGGCGGAUUUGUAAUUAAACAAAAAAAAUGAACUCAAAAUAUAUGAACGAGAUGUCCGUUCGAUGUCUUUAGAUUAGUUUGUUUGCUGUCCGCGCGCUUGUCCCUCGGCGCGCGCUCUGUAUUUUGCAUGCUUUGUUCUUUGACGUGUAUUUGUCUAUUUGAUGUUUAACUCGAGAGGCUGAUAAAUAAAACAGGGGGUGGGAAAAUAUAAUGUCCUGGUAUGUCCUUCCCCUUGCGUAUUUUCUCCUGUAUUCUGUUGACAGAGAAAUUUUGGGUGAAGACAGGGAAGAGAGGCAGGAGGAGAAAGUGCAUAGCGCUUUCAGUGUGAGUGGGAGACCCAUAACGUUGAUUUAAAUAUUAUCCAGGUGACCACAGUAAGUCAAGGUCAUAAAAUUGUAAUGUCAUGACGGUCCUGGAAAGCGCUGGGGGUGGAUUUUAUGAUCUGCAAAUAUAAUGUGCUGCUGCAGUAAAGAUGCAUUAAAAGGUGAGUGGAGGAGGGCUAAUUCACAUACUCGGAACUGCAAUGUGCUGGCCUCACCGACGCGCUCUGCGGUCUGCCUUGGCUGUUUUGGAACCGGGAACCUUUCAUUAUGGAGUAAUGGAACGCUAUGAUACGAUGGACUGAACACGGAAGAACGAAAGACCUACAGCGGCGGGGAAUGAAUGAGCGGAUCCUACGGGUUACGUUAAUCAGACGCGCGCGCGGAACGUUCAAGCUCCAGGGAGACGCAACGGAAGGCAGACGUACAGCCGUUACCAGACUCUCGAGCUGGAGAAAGAGUUCCUCUUCAACCCGUACCUCACGCGCAAGCGCCGUAUUGAAGUGUCCCACGCGCUGAGCUUAACCGAAC